AUGAGUCCCCAAACAUUUGACUCAAGUACAAGUACACCUCGCCUCAGUAGGGAACACGGUUCCAUCGACGCAGGCGUCACCAACACUGUUCACGAUAAGAGCGAAAAAGAUGCCGAGAAUGCGGUCGACACCUCAAAAAAGCCCGAUGACUCCAACAAGGAUCCCAAUCUUGUCGACUGGGAUGGCAAAGAUGACCCCGAGAACCCCCAGAACUACAGUAACCUGCGCAAAUGGAUCAUCACAUUGACUAUGUCCUCCAUGACAGUGUGGAUAACCUUUGCAUCCAGCGUCUUUUCGACUGCGACUCUGGUAACUGCAAAGGAGUUCAAUGUGUCAGCUGAAGUAAUGGUUCUCGGUACUAGUCUGGUUGUUUUUGGUUUCGCUCUAGGCCCUCUGUGCUGGGCACCGCUGAGUGAGCUAUACGGUCGUCGCAUCCCGCUGUUCUCAGGCUACGCCAUCUUCGCAAUCUUCCAGAUCCCCGUGGCCGUCGCCCAGAACCUCGAAACUAUUCUUGUCUGCCGAUUUCUCAUCGGUGUCUUUGGCUGCUCUCCUUUGGCCGUCGUUGCCGGUGCGAUGGCUGAUAUUUGGAACCCCGUGGACCGCGCAGUGGCUAUCGCUCUCUUCAGCGGAGCUACUUUCCUAGGACCUAUUCUUGGCCCAAUUGUCGGUGGUUUCAUCACAGAUUCAAACCUUGGCUGGCGCUGGACUGCAUGGAUCACCCUAAUUGCAUCCGCUUUCUUCGGUAUCAUUGCUCUCUUCGUUGUUCCCGAGACCUACGGCCCAGUCAUCUUGCAAAAGAGAGCUGCCCGUCUUCGUACUGAAACCAAGAACUGGGCCCUCCAUUCCUUCUUGGAUGAACACAAGCCUACAAUGUCAGACAUCGUUACCAAGUACCUCUUCCGACCCCUUCAGAUGCUUGUGCAAGAGCCGAUCCUGCUCGCCAUCACCCUCUACCUCGCCCUCAUUUACGGAAUCCUUUACCUCUUCUUCGAAGCCUACCCGAUUUCCUUUGGUGAAGUUCGCGGUUGGACCCACGAAGGCGUAGCUGCCCUUCCAUUCAUCGGCAUACUCCUCGGUGUCGUCCUUGGCAUCUGUCUCAUCAUAUUCAACACAAAGACUCGUUUUGCACGCAAACUUGCAAAGCAUGGCAAGGUCGUUCCCGAAGAGCGCCUCGUGCCAAUGAUGAUUGCCUCCGUGUUGUUGCCAAUCGGUCUGUUUUGGUUUGGCUGGACUUCAAGCCCAAAUAUCUCCUGGGUGCCGCAAGCCAUUGCUGGUGUGCCUAUCGGUCUGGGAAUCCUGGUUAUCUUCAUGCAGGGUCUCAACUACAUCAUUGACGUGUACAUGAUGUUCGCCAACUCCGCCAUCGCGGCAAAUACUCUCAUCCGUUCAAUUGUGGGUGGUGCGUUCCCGCUUUUCGCUACACAAAUGUACCGAAACCUCGGUGUACCUUGGGCAUCUAGUGUUUUGGGUUUCAUUACUCUGGCUAUGAUCCCCAUUCCGCUGUUGUUCUUUAUCUAUGGCUCCAGAAUUCGCGCUAUGAGCAAGUUCAGUCCCAAGUUCUAG